GUUGUGAUAAACUUAUUAAAUAGGCCUUGUUUCAGAUAAUGGAAAAUGAUUUAUUGAGGUAUGAAUCAACUGAUGAUGAAAAUAGCGAUGAUGACUAUGGCGAUGGAACUGACUUCAGUUUAGAGGGUCCAAGGUUUACCAAUCCUAGACAUGAUCAGCGGCAGUUUUCGCAGGACCAAACACAUCAACACAAAUCGAAUGAUAAAAGGCUGGGACCCUUUUUGGGGAAACCCGAUAAGCGUGGAGAUGGACCCUACUGUGCUUCCGAUCUUGUGCACGCUAAAUUUCAGUUCAACGAUCCAGCAUCAAAUAGAGAAGAAAGAAGCAUUGAGAGAAUUUUUCCGCCUCAAGUCAUUGACGCUGCCUCAGUCUUUGUUGAUCACAUAGUAUGUCAUCCAUUUUCGAUGCUGAAGAUGCUCUGCCAAGUGAACUAUUCGUCUAGAUGGCCCCAUGUCACACCUUUUACAGUUUUUCCUCUUGUGUAUUCUCAAAUAUCACUACAUGGAUUCGGAUCUAUGUGGAAGGGACUGAAGAGCUCACUGAUAUAUCAUGGUCUGACAAGAGUUUGCGAAACGGCCGUCAGUGGUGCUACGAAUUAUCCCUUAGAAGCUAGAAGUGUUUACUCAUUCAAACAGUUGUUCCAGCAUCUGUUUGUCAAAGUAGCCAGCUGUAUCAUUAUGACACCGUUUUAUGCUUCGUUUGUGUUCGAAACGGUUCAAAGUUACUCCGCCUCUGAUUCCGUAGGAAUUUUAGAAGGCAUUGGCGAAGGAUUCAAAAGAGUCUUCGAAGUCAGGUCAUCUAUGCAAAGAGCAUUACCUGUGUGGAAAUUAGUCAUUCCAAUGACAUUGUGUCAUGUAGGACAUUAUCUAGCUUACAAGUUCAUCAAAGGUGCUUUGCUAAUAUACUUCCGACAUAGAGUAGAAGCUGAAAAGUGUUUCAACCGUGAUAAACAGUUACCGUUGCCUUUCAAACCGGAAAUGGAAAUCAUAUACCCUCAGAUGCUGUCUACUAUAUUAGCAAAGUUUAUGGCGUCCUGUUUAGUUUACCCUGCUCAAACUUCUCUGAACAGGCUUUGCAUUCAAGGCACAAGAUGUAUCAUUGACAGUACAGAUAUGGCUGGAGAGGUCCUGCCUAUUAGUACACAAUAUCGAGGCUUCACUCAUUGUAUCGCCUCAAUAGCGAGAGAUGAAGGUCAAAUUGGGCUGUUCAGAGGACUCGGGGUUUUGGUAAUGCAAUGUGUCUUUCAGUUAACUGCGUUUUAUUUCCUACAACCUACGUUUGAGAAGGCACUUGAAGUGUCAAAACAAAUGAACUAAGAUGACGAGAGAGAAUAUUUGAUAAAAUUUGAUUGAUAGAUUUACUAAUGUCUUUAGACUCAUAUCUUGAAUAUUCCUCAAUUUAAAUACUGCGUUAG